UUCAGCAAGGUAAAUAUCAAUAAAUAGAUGUGAAACUCCUAUUUUACGACUGAGAUUACUAAUGUAAAAAAGUGACUUGCAAAUAAAUGCUACAUCUUGAUAAAUCAUAGCUUGUAAAUUACACAGUAACUCGUCGUCUGCUUGUUUACAUCUUGUCAUCAUUUUGUCACAUGAUAUAUCACGUGACAUUGCCAUCGUAAAAAAAAUCUAUGGAAGAUGGGAAGGGUCAUCUCUUAUCGUUUUUCGAAAAACAGCAAAUCGUUGUUUCUGAACAGAGAUUAAUAGCAUAUAUUUUGUUUAGGUUUUGACGAAUGGCCAGUAUACUGGAAGGGGACAAUACCGCCAAUAUUCAUCUGAGGCUUUGGAAAAUGCUUAUGAAGCCGUUAUUGACGGAAUGUCUGUUAGGAAAGCUGCUAAAAACUUUUCUGUUCCCUUUGCUACUCUCCGUGACCGUACUAGUGGGAAUAUUGGAGUGGAGUGUUUAAAGUCUGGUCCUGAGCCUUUGUUGUCAAUCGAAGAGGAGAGAAAUCUUGUUGUUCAUAUUCAAGCAAUGGCCGAUUUUGGCUUUGGAUAUACACGUUCUGAAGUUGCCGACCUUGCUACUGAUUUAGCAAUUCAUCUGGGGAAGAAAUCCAAAACCGACAAACCACUGUCUAUGCAAUGGUUUUAUAAUUUCUUGUCGCGUUGGCCUGAUCUCAAAGUCCAAAAACCAAGAUCACUUGAGUUACAGCGUGCGAAGGCUACGUCCAAGGAAACGGUCGGACACUACUUCAAAGAACUUGGACAGAUUCUUGACAAGUACAACUUGAAGGAUAACCCACAUCGGAUAUACAACAUUGAUGAGAAGGGAAUUGUGGAAAACCACACUCCUCCGUCUGUGGUAUCGUCAAGUCAGGCCACCCCAUAUGCUGUCACCUGUCCGAGAUCUAGCACUACUACGAUUAUAGGGUGCGGUAGUGCUUCAGGCGCCGUAAUACCCCCGUAUUUUGUUUUCAAGGGGAAAAGAAUGCGUGAAGAAAACAUGACAGGAUCGACACCAGGAGCAGCCGGAACCGUUUCUGAUUCUGGAUGGUCGAAUUCCGAAAUAUUUCGUCAAUAUCUUGAACACCAUUUCCUGAAGAAUUCCGUCACAGCGUCUGUUGAUCGUCCCUUGCUUAUUCUCUAUGAUGGACAUAGAUCGCAUGUGUCAUUAUCACUGAUAACCUGGGCUCGUGAACACAACAUUAUAUUGUUUGUUUUACCGGCGCACACGUCACAUGUCUUACAACCUUUGGACGUCUGCUGUUUUGGACCUUUUUCCAAGAUUUACAACAAUCUCCGACAUAAAUUCAUGAGGAACAAUUCCAUCGUUGCUGUUGCAAAACAUUCCGUUUGUGAACUGGCAUGUAAAGCGUACUCCUUGGCAUUAACUCCAUCCAAUCUACAGUCAUCGUUCAAGACGUGUGGGAUUUAUCCAUUUGAUAACAGUACUGUAAGUCGCAUUAACUUUGCCCCUUCAACUGUUUUUCACACCCCAUGUGAAGACGCUGAUAGAUCCGAACGUGUCGACAAUUCUAACGACAAAACAACAACAUCGUCUGUCAAGAACUUUCUUUUUUCAAAACAAAGCGUUUUGACUGAUAAAUCACAGUCUACAAAGAAGAGGAAAGUUCUUAGUGCGGUCGUCGGUGGCAAGGCCAUUACAGAGGAUUCAAUUAUGGAGAAAGUUAGAGAACAUCAAGUUAGCAAUCCCCCUGUGAAGAAAAGAAAAUCUGCAAAUAAAACACCAAAAUCGAGACAAAACAUCAUGACAGAUAAAUCAUCGUCUCCUCAGCCAGGUACAUCAGGCAUUUACUCCCGUAGAAUCGAUCCCGUCGUUGAUUCUUCUGACGAAGAAAAUGAGAUCACAGAUGAUGAACUUUGCUGUCAGUGUCACAGAUUUACACCACAGGAACUCGAAGGAUGCCAGAGCAUCGUGUUUGUCUCAUGGGCAGAAUGCACACACCCAUCGUGCAAACACUGGGUUCACCUGAAAGUAUGCACACCCGUAAGAGUUGUUCGUGCCACGUCAGAAUUCUGGUGUCCGUGUCAUGAUGAGAAGGAGGAAUAACUUGUGAAGAUUAUUUAUCAUG